AGGCAUGACACAGUCGAGAAGUGCAUGUUUCAGGAGCGAGUUACCCUCAACUGAAUCCGUUACCAGACUUUGUAACGUUCUAAAGUUGACAAGGGGAGGUAAUAAAGUUGCGCUGUUGAACUGCGAGGAUGGAAUCGUGUCUAUGACUGCUGAUUCCAAAUCUAUCAUCGCUCAUUUUCAGGAGGACGAUAUCUUGAUGACGUUCUACCGCAACAUGAUAACUUCCAGCCCAGUUCCCGACUUGAAAGCAACUCUAGCUCAACUAUCCAUAUCAUUGCUUCUCAAGCUACUGCCUUUAUUAUCAGAAAACAGCUUAACUCGGUCAGGUGCUAUCAAUAAAUUAUCACGAUGCCUUCAGAUUAUUGAGGAAACUGUUGAGGAGUCAAGUUUUAAACUUUCCAUUAAAAACACGGUUCAUUUGAGGAGUGUUAUCGGUGCUGUUAUCAGCCCCAAAUUAUCAAAAGUUUUGAGUUAUCCCAAACAACGUUUCCUGAUAUCUCUAGUACUUGAAGCGUAUAUCAGUUGUAUUUCUGCAAAUAACUAUCCUAAUAUUAGAUUGAUAACCUCUGGACAUUGUGGCGAUAUAACAGAUUCACGCUUUUAUCACGGUAUCGUUUUCCCUUUACAAAGAACCAGCGAUUAUAAAGAUUUUCCGGGAAAAGAAAACUUGUCAGUUGUGGUGUUCAGUUGCUGUAUUCCCCAAGAACUCGAGUCUUACGAAGGUGAAACCUUUACCUUUUGUUAAUAUGAACACAGAUUUGGAGAAUGUUCUCGUAGAAGAAUCAAUCAAAUUAAUCGAAGAUUUUCUGCAAAGUAGGACGGUUAAUGUUGUUUGUUGCCAGAAAGUUGUACAUCAUCGAGUGAAAACUUAUCUUGAAUCAAAAGGCAUCAUGGUAUUGGAGCGACUUUCUGUUAUGUAUGCAGAAGAUCUGGCCACUUUGUGUAGAACUAGCUUAUCUCCGAGUAUUAGUCACUGGAAUAUUGGGUUUGUUCAAUGUGUGCAGCGACUGGAGGUUGGGGGUAAGAAGUUCCUGCAUUUUCAACCUACUGAUACGACUCAUUUUGGUGUUAUUAUUCUACAUUCACUGACGAAAUGUAUCUCGGAAGAGAUGGAACUGUGUAUAAAUCAGAGUCUACUAUCAUGUAACAACGCACUAUCAGCACAAAGUUUGGUACAUGGUUCCUCUUGUUUGUAUUCUACACUUUUAUCUAGACUUUCGCUGGAGUCCCAUGAUUCAGUCAUCAGAGCUGUUUCUGCUACUUUAUCAGAGUUCUGUCCAAAGGAAAGUACUCUAGUCUGUGGUAAUGGACAUGUCUGGGAGCUUGAGCAGACUCCUUCAGAGGAUAACUUCAUUUCAGACCGGUGUUUGUGCAGAAGUUACCGAGCUGUCGGUGAUCUUGACACAGAAAACUUCACUCCUCUAUCUGAUUACACAACCUCUGUCACAUACAAACAAACAGACAAACCAACACCCCUUAAUCUGGAGUAUGAGCAGGGAAAUGAUAAGGUUUUACACCCUACCAAUGUGGUACUGGAAGUGUUCAGAAAGGCAUUCCAGAUAUUGGAAGUUUUGUGUCAAUCAGAGCUACCUGUUUUAGUUUAAUGAACAGAGAGAGAGAGUUUAAUGCGAUUUUGUUAACUUUAGUGUUUAGUAUUUAUUGAUUUAAUGUGACUUAUUUUAAAGAUCUAUGUUAAAAGUUUGGAUAUGUACAUUGUACAACGAUUGUUGACUUUUUUGAAGAUUGCCAAGAAUUUUGUAAGUAUCAAUAUCGACAGAUCUUUGGCCAAUUAAAACAAUUCCAAAUAUAGAUAUUAAUAUGUUGGGAAUCUUUCCAAUUGAACAAAGAUCUGUCCAUGAGAAAAGUUAAACUUUUGCGCUAUGCUCAAUACCUCGGUAGACUAUUUG